AUGGCCCGGGUGAACAGCGCUGGGCUCGGCACAUGCACGGGCACGGCGGUCGGCCACAAGCAAGGCGCUCGGCACGGCGCUCGACACGGCCCUUGGCCAUGGGCGCGGCGCUCGGCCACGAGCAAGGCACUCGACCAGGCACGAGCAAAUAGCCGAGCGAGCGAGCGGGCGAGCGGCGGCGGCAACGGGGACGACGACGACGACGGUGGCGGCAGCGAGCAGCUACAACGGCAACGCGGCAGCAACGAGCCGAAGGGGAGGGGGAGGUCAGCCGGGGGUGGAGAUGGCGAGAGAGAAAGGAGGCUAGGGGCUGAGGGGGAGCGAGCCGGCGGCGACAGGCGGCACGGCGGCGGUCGGUGGCAAGGGGGGCUGGGUGGUGGUGGUGAGAGCAGCGGCGGCCGGCACGGUGGCGUGCCUUCGACUGGCGAGCUGGACAGAGGGGAGAGGAGCUCGGGGAAGCUAGGGCUGAGGGGGGUGAACCGGCGACAGCGGCGACGCAGCGGACGGGUUGAGCAGGGCGGUGACGGCUGGGCAGCACCGGGCCGUGACAGGCGUGGCGACGAGCUGGCUAGCGAUGGAAUUUUGGAAUUACUUACUUCGUCUUCUUCAUCAGAACUUGAUUCUGAGUCUGAAUUUUCCAUCAAGCAGAUAUUGGCAUAUUCUUGUUCGCUUUUAUCAUAA